GCGCAAUACAGUAGUAGAGUUCUACGGAGCAUGCGCGCAAAAGAAACUCCCUGGAGCUCUUAGUUCGCGCGUGCGCAGCGAGCUGCCCGUGUCCAUUGGCAAGCGGUGGCGCAUGCGCCCUCUCAAUUCCAUAGGGUCGGGUCCUGGUAACGACGCAUGCGCCGUACGCGAAACUGCGGGAAGUUACGUCACGUUGGUCCGCUGGGUGUUUUUUUUCUUUCUCCCCCUCCGUUGGUCUCGUACACAGUAGCGGGGCCUCCAUCUUUACACGGCCCCCAACGCCGUAACUUACUGUCCGUGUACACGGAGAGGAGAUACUCGGUAACUAAGAAACAUGUCUGACUUUGUGGAAAGUGAAGCAGAGGAAUCUGAGGAAGAAUACAACAACGAUGGAGAGGUAGUACAGAGAACCACCAAGAAGUUUGUUGAAGAUGAUGAUGAUGAAGAAGAGGAGGAUGAAAAUCCAGACGAGCAGGACGAGCAAGGAAACUUAAAAGAUUUUAUUAAUGACGAUGAUGAUGAGGAGGAAGAAGAAGAGGAGGAGGAGGAGGCAGGAAGUGGAUCUGGAGGUUCAGACGAUGAAAUUGGCCGCAAAGCAAGAAAGCGCACAUUUGAUGACAGACUGGAAGAUGAUGACUUUGAUCUAAUUGAAGAAAACUUGGGUGUUAAAGUGAAACGUCAAAAAUUCAGACGCGUAAAAAAAAUGUCAGAUGAUGAAGACGAAGAGGAAGAUGCCGGAAAAGAGGAGUAUGAGAAAGAAGCCAUCGCUGAAGAAAUCUUCCAGGACGGUGAGGAUGAGGAUAGACAUGACUUAGGUGAUCAGCCAGUUAUUGCUGCUGAAGAAGAAGAGGAGGAGGAGGAUGAGGAAUCUGACAUUGAUGACUUCAUUGUUGAUGAUGAUGGACAACCGCUGAAAAAACCUAAAUGGAGGAAAAAGCUUCCAGGAUAUGCUGAUGCUGCGUUGCAGGAAGCUCAGGAGAUCUUCGGUGUAGAUUUUGAUUAUGAAGAGUUUGAAAAAUACAAUGAAGACGAUGAGGAAAUGGAAGAGUAUGAAUAUGAGGAUGACGAAGCAGAAGGAGAAACUCGUGUCAGACCCAAGAAAACUGCUAAGAAGCGUGUAAGCCGGCGCAGCAUCUUCGAAAUCUAUGAGCCAAGUGAACUGGAAAGCAGUCAUUUAACUGACCAAGACAAUGAGAUUCGGACCACAGAUCUGCCGGAAAGGUUCCAGCUGCGGAUCACACCUGUUAAAUCUGCCGAAGAUGAUGAGCUGGAGGAAGAGGCUGACUGGAUUUAUAGAAAUGCGUUUUCAACACCAACAAUCUCCCAACAGGAGAGCUGUGACUAUUUGGAGCGUGGUCAAGUUGGCAGCAGCUUCAGCCGGAAAGGACCAAGCACUAUACAGAAGAUCAGAGAAGCUCUAAAUUUUAUGAGAAAUCAACACUUUGAGGUACCCUUUAUUGCAUUUUAUAGAAAAGAGUAUGUGGAACCAGAGCUAAACAUCAAUGAUUUGUGGCGUGUCUGGCAGUGGGAUGAGAAGUGGACCCAGCUCAGGAUAAGAAAACAAAAUCUGAUGCGUCUGUUUCAGAAGAUGCAAGCCUAUCAAUAUGAGCAGAUUUCUGCUGAUCCUGACAAGCCAUUAGCAGAUGAAAUAAGGCCUUUGGAUACCACAGAUAUGGAAAGGCUGAAAGAUGUCCACUCUAUGGAUGAACUCAAGGAUGUCUAUAAUCACUUCCUACUGUACUAUGGAAGAGAUAUUCCAAAAAUGCAGAAUGCAGCUAAGUCCAGUCAGAAGAAACUCAAGCGAAUCCCUGAGGAAGGGGAGGAGGAAGGAGCAGAAACUGCUGAACCAGAAGAAGAGGAGCAAAAAGGUCCAGAGCUGAAGCAGGCUUCACGUAGAGAUAUGUAUUCUAUCUGCCAGUGUGCUGGUCUGGAUGGAUUGGCAAAGAAGUUUGGGUUGACACCAGAGCAGUUUGGUGAGAAUUUGCGAGACAGUUACCAGCGUCAUGAGACUGAGCAGUUUCCUGCUGAACCUCUAGAACUUGCUAAAGAUUACGUGUGCACUCAAUUCGCCACACCAGAGGCCGUACUGGAAGGAGCACGGUACAUGGUUGCCCUGCAGAUUGCUAGGGAACCAUUGGUCAGACAGGUUCUUAGGCAGACUUUCCAAGAAAGGGGAAAGAUCAACAUUGUCCCAACUAAGAAGGGCAGAAAGGAAAUUGAUGAAGCCCAUUAUGCAUAUGCAUUCAAAUACCUGAAGAACAAGCUUGUUAAAGAGCUUAGGGAUGACCAGUUUCUUAAGGUGUGCAUUGCGGAAGAGGAGGGACUGCUCACUGUUGAGAUCUCGAUAGAUAUGAAAGAUGUUGAAGGUUAUGGCAAUGAGCAGACCUACUUUGAAGAGAUUAAGCAGUUCUAUUACAGAGAUGAGUUCAGUCACCAAGUACAAGAGUGGAACAGGCAGAGAACAUUGGCUAUUGAACGGGCCUUAAAACAAUUCCUCUACCCCCAAAUGGGAAAAGAGUUGAAGAGCAAACUUCUACUAGAGGCUAAAGAGUUUGUAGUAAAGUCAUGUAGCCGUAAACUGUACAACUGGCUGAAGGUGGCUUCAUACCGCCCUGACCAACAAGUAGAAGAAGAUGAUGACUUCAUGGAGGAGAAUCAAGGAAAAGGAAUUCGUGUACUAGGCAUUGCCUUCUCCUCUGCUAGAGAUCACCCUGUAUUUUGCUCCCUGAUUAAUGGAGAGGGUGAAGUAACAGACUUCCUGCGCUUACCAUACUUCACCAAAAGAAAGAAUGCUUGGCGGGAAGAAGAAAGAGAGAGGAAGACUAAGGACAUGGAGACACUGAAAAAGUUCUUGAUAAGCAAGAAACCUCAUGUGGUCGCCAUAGCUGGAGAGAAUCGGGAUGCACAAAUGAUGGUCGAAGAUGUUAAACGCAUAGUUCAAGAGCUUGAGCAAGGCCAGCAGAUGUCUUCUAUUGGGGUAGAAAUGGUGGACAAUGAGUUAGCAGUUUUGUAUAUGAACAGCAAAAAAUCUGAAAAUGACUUCCGAGAUUACCCUCCAAUUUUACGCCAGGCAGUUUCCAUUGCACGACGCAUCCAAGAUCCCUUGAUAGAAUUUUCUCAGGUCUGCAGCACGGAUGAUGAUAUCUUGUGUCUGAAAUUGCAUCCAUUACAAGAUCAAGUAGUAAAAGAGGAAUUGCUAAAUGCCCUGUAUUGUGAAUUUAUUAACCGAGUAAAUGAAGUGGGAGUGGAUGUCAACAGGGCCAUAGCUCAUCCGUACACACAGUCGCUCAUUCAGUAUGUCUGUGGACUUGGAUCCCGUAAAGGCUUGCAUCUGCUGAAGAUCUUAAAGCAGAAUAAUACACGUUUGGAAAAUCGUACCCAGCUGGUCACAAUGUGUCAUAUGGGACCUAAGGUCUUUAUCAACUGUGCUGGCUUUAUUAAGAUUGACACAAACUCUCUUGGUGACAGUACGGAUUCCUAUAUUGAAGUCCUAGAUGGUUCACGAGUACAUCCAGAAACUUAUGAGUGGGCUCGUAAGAUGGCUGUAGAUGCCUUAGAGUAUGAUGAAUCUGCUGAAGAUGCCAACCCAGCUGGAGCACUAGAAGAAAUUCUCGAAAAUCCUGAAAGAUUAAAAGAUCUUGAUCUGGAUGCAUUUGCAGAGGAACUUGAGAGACAGGGUUAUGGUGACAAGCAUAUUACAUUGUAUGAUAUUCGUGCGGAGCUCAGCUGUAGAUACAAAGACCUUAGGACUCCAUACCGAUCCCCCAAUCCUGAAGAAGUAUUCAACAUGCUCACCAGGGAAACACCAGAGACUUUCUACAUAGGUAAACUUAUCACCUGUAACGUAACAGGGAUUGCACACAGGCGACCACAAGGAGAAAGUUAUGACCAGGCGAUCAGAAAUGAUGAGACAGGACUUUGGCAGUGUCCAUUCUGUCAGCAAGAUAACUUUCCAGAACUCAGUGAGGUAUGGAAUCAUUUUGACAGUGGCUCUUGUCCUGGUCAAGCAAUUGGUGUUAGAACCAGGCUGGAUAAUGGUGUAACUGGCUUCAUUCCAACCAAAUUCAUCAGUGAUAAAGUAGUGAAGAGGCCUGAAGAACGAGUAAAGGUGGGCAUGACUGUUCACUGCCGAAUAAUGAAAAUCAACAUUGAAAAAUUCAGUGUGGACAUGACGUGCCGUACAUCUGAUCUGAUGGAUAAAAACAAUGAGUGGAAGUUACCUAAGGACACUUAUUAUGACUUUGAUACAGAGUCUGCACAUCUAAAACAAGAGGAAGACCUGAAGAAGAAACAGCAGCGGACAACAUACAUCAAGCGAGUCAUCGCACACCCCUCUUUCCACAAUAUAAACUUUAAGCAAGCAGAGAAAAUGAUGGAGACAAUGGAUCAGGGCGAUGUUAUCAUCCGUCCAAGCAGUAAAGGAGAAAAUCAUCUAACAGUCACCUGGAAGGUCAGCGAGGGAAUCUACCAACAUGUGGAUGUACGAGAGGAAGGAAAAGAAAAUGCCUUCAGCUUGGGCUCCACACUGUGGAUAAAUACUGAGGAAUUUGAGGACCUGGAUGAAAUCAUUGCUCGGUUUGUCCAGCCCAUGGCUUCUUUUGCAAGAGAUCUAAUCAACCACAAGUACUACCAGGACUGUAACAAUGGCGACAAGAAGAAACUAGAAGAGCUCCUAAUAAAAACAAAGAAGGAAAAACCUACAUUCAUCCCGUAUUUUAUAUCUGCCUGUAAAGAGCUUCCUGGGAAAUUUUUAUUGGGGUAUCAACCACGAGCAAAACCAAGAGUGGAAUAUGUCACGGUGACACCUGAAGGCUUCAGAUAUCGGGGGCAAAUAUUCCCUACAGUUAACGGACUCUUUAGGUGGUUUAAAGACCAUUACCAGGAUCCUGUUCCAGGUAUUACUCCAAGCAGCAGCAGCAGAACAAGGACACCGGCCUCCAUGAGUGCCACCCCUGCCAAUAUUAAUCUUGCAGAUCUUACUCGUGCUGUCAAUGCCUUGCCACAAAACAUGACUUCACAGAUGUUUAAUGCAAUUGCUGCAGUCACUGGACAACAUGGACAAAACCCUAAUGCCACACCUGCCCAAUGGGCAUCCAGCCAGUACGGUUAUGGUGGAGGCAGUGGUGGUGGGAGCAGCGCAUAUCAUGUGUUCACAACGCCUGCUCAGCAACCUGUGGCUACUCCUCUGAUGACACCAAGCUAUUCUUACGCCACUCCUAGUCAACCUAUUGCUACACCACAGUACCAUCAACUGCCACCAAGUGCCACACCUACCCCAGCACCUACUCCCCAAUCCUCCCAUUCACAAAGCAGUUCAAGUUCCCGGCACAGGCAACAACAGUCCAAACCAAGCAGUUCAACGCCUAUCGACUGGGGAAAAAUGGCAGAGAAGUGGCUGCAUGAAAAAGAGGCAGAGAGGCGGAAACAAAAGCAGCGCUUAACUCCUCGUCCUUCACCAAGUCCCAUGAUUGAAAGUACACCCAUGUCAAUUGCAGGGGACGCCACACCACUGCUAGAUGAAAUGGACCGGUGAAAACAUAUGCGUGAAAAUGAACUUUAAAUGGCCACGUGGAACAGUCAUGCUCCCUAUCUUAACAAGUGUAUGAGUUGCUCUGAACCAAGCGGGUUUAUAAUUUCUGGGCCAAGAUGCGCAUAGCUGUACAUGAAAAGAUUGGACCCUCUCAUGUGAAGCCUGUGUUUACAUGAUUGGUUCUGGUGGAAUCAUCCCUCCAGCACCAAACCUUGAUAUCCUAUUGUUUCACGUUAGUGUUCACUUCUAAGAAAAGAGGUAAUAAUGUUUGCCUCUUUAGGGUAAAAAAAAAAAUCGGUAUGUUACCUGUUUUUAUGACCUAUGUUUUAAACAUAGAAUGGGCUUCACUUUUAUUUAAAAUUGCAUAUUCUGCCAAAGAAUGCAAUAUAAAAAGAGAUCUGAAGCAAAGAUCUCACUCCUCUCCUGUAUGUGCUGAACCAUACAGUCUACUGUAUAGACACUUGGAAAAAGGGCUGAUGGGAGAUGUCUGUAUAAAAAAAACAUUCUGCCAGAGGUAGUUAUUCUGGGCUCCUCUGCCAAAGGGAUGCUUUUCUCUAGCAAAAAAAAUAACAGGCUUCAUAGAGUAACACACUUAUUCUUUGGUUGGAGACAUUUGGGUAAAUGUAUUUAUUAUUUUUCCUCCUUGCUCUGGUUCCCGCUGCAGUGAACUGCUAAUAGUAAGUUUGCGGCUGUGCGCUUCACACUCUUUGCAUAUGUACGUGAUGCAUCAUAGCAUUUUUUUAAAAAUCUUUGACAUUGCAGUGUGAAGGUGUCUUGGAGCUCUGUUGGCACCCAUAGAUUUUUUUUAUUUUUCAUUUUUUGUUUUUUCAGCAGGAGAAUAAAUGGUCUGGAACAAAAAAUUACUUACUCAUU